UUUUUUUUCAUUUUCACCAUUCUCUACACAAAAACUCUCUCUAACUCUCUCUAACUUUGGGCUUUUCUCGGAAUUUUGGCUAGUUUUUGAAGAAAAUGGAGGAUUAUGUCAACAAUCCCGCAAAUAUGCAUGAUUUUAGUUUAAUGAAUACGAAAGCCUUUGCGAACCUAAAAGGCUCUGGCGGUAACAUAUGGGAAGUCUUUGAAGUUUUAGAUGAUGCCCGACGUGCUAUUUUCAGAAAUACCGUCUUUGGCUAUUUUAUUGAUGUCCCUCGUUUACAAGGGGACGCUUUAUUGUUUCAUAAAAUGUUCCUUCAUCAGAUCCGGCCGGACCCUGUUUUAUCUCCAGAUGGAAUAAAACGUUUAUAUUUUCGAGUAGGCAAUACCAAAAUGGUUUAUGGGCCGGAAGAGUUUUGUUUGAUUACCGGCUUCAAUUUUGGGGAGUAUCCAAAAAACAUUGGGAGAAAAGGGUCGGAAAAAUUAAUAAGCAGUAAAAAAAGAUGUUUACUGCGUGAACGGCUAUUUCCGGACCAUACUAAUAGUUCGGUGAAAAUCGGCGACCUGAAAAGUUUAAUUUUAAAUCAAACAUUCCUAGCACUUGACGACCUUGAUGCAGUUAGAGUAUGUUUGAUAUACAUUUUGUGUGAAGGUUUUUUGGGCAAAGAAGUUAACGAUCGGGUGCCACAAGAUUGGUUUUAUUUGGCUGAGAAUUUGGAUCUCUGGAAUAGCUUCGCUUGGGGUAGCUAUCUAUGGGAUUUUACUUAUGUUGACCUUGAGGAUACGUGGAAUAAGAUACAUCAUUAUUUAUCACUUCCUGAGCGUGGUCAAACUUUAAAGUAUUCCGUCUCAGGAUUUACUGCUCCAAUUAGGAUAUGGAUAUAUGAGAUGAUUCCGGCUGUUCGUGCAUGUGGAUUUGCAUUGAGAAAAAAUAAAGACUUGCCUCGGAUGAAAAGAUGGAGCGGAACAAAAAAAUUGAAAUGGGUUGACGUGAACAAGAUUUGGUCAAAGAUGCAGGAGGGGCUACCACCAAGACAAAACAUGUUACCGGGUGAUGGUGAGAUGACAUCUUUUUAUUAUAUGUCAUUUCAAGAGUAUGUAUAUGGUGAAGGGAAAGCAGUUCCAUCCCCAGUACGGGACCAUUUUAGGAGACAAGACGAAUCUUCGUCUAGUAUGUCGUCCAGUGGUCGCUCUCAUGGUAGAGGUCGGGGCAGUGGGAAACACAAGCUAGACGAGUUGUUGAAACGGGUACAUGCACUGGAGCAGCAUGUGUUUAUGAAUCAACAAAAACCUACAGAGGUUUUUGUUGAAGAAGUGAAUAAUGACCAAUUUUGGAACGACAUUUUUUUUGAGGACCCGACAGUGUCACAAAGAAAUUAUGAUGAACAGGUUGUGCAAGAUGAAGAGAUGAAUAAAAACAAUACAACUCAAAAUGUUUUUGGUGAUACUCAAGACGACAAGGUGUUGGAGGAGAGUAAUCAGUAUGCGGGGAACAAAUUUGAUGAUGAUGUGUUUGAUGUAAACGAUUAUAGUGAAGUUAAAGAGAGAAUGGUUGAAUACAAGUUCACUAAUUAUGUGUAUCGAGUUGCAUAUGGAUCUGAGUUGGUGAAUGGUAUACCAUCAUAUGAGCAUUGGGAAAUACCAAAUGAAACGGUGGUCCUGUUACCUCCCUCAAUGCAGUAGUUAUUCAUGUAGCACAUUUAUGUUUUAUGUAGUAUUAUGUAUUAGUUUUUUAUGUACUCUGUUUUUAUUUUACUGUUGUGUUACGUAUUAGUUAUCCAUGUACCCAGUUUAUUUUUUAUGUCGUAUUAUGUGUUAGUUAUUUAUGUA